GAAAUUUCGUGAUUCCUUUUGGCCUAUAUUUUUUGCCGUAAUUUCAACUCAAAGACGCUCUGGGAGAAUCGCUUCUGAGAAGAAUGAGAACCAAAACGCGGGGUGGCAGGCAGGGCUCGUCUCGGUUAAUUGCCCUCACCAACAACCAACACUUGCUCACUUAAUUUUCCCGCCCUAAACCUGGCACUCUUUCUCUUUAUAUUCUCUCUCUCUCUCUCUUUCAGGUUCGUUUCUGCUUAAUCCUAGAGGUAAUAGCCACGAAACGACGUCAUUUCAUCGCAGAAGUUAAAAAAGAAGUGGAAACUGCCCUCGUGGAUUUGAAUGUUUAGUUUUUGUAUAAAUUUUCAAUUAUCGGUGAUAGAAAUGAAAUUCUUUUGCUUUGAUAAAUAAAUUUUUUUAACAUUAGGAAGGAACUUUAAAUUGUGACGUGUUGUGUGCUUUGCGGUAACGUUACCGAGAUUUUUAUUCUCUGUUGAUAGGUUUAUCAGUUCUGUUAAUUGAAUGGGUAACUUUUGUUAGUUAAUUGGAUGUUUAUACAGGAUGAAGCAAAUGGAAAAAAUGAUGAUGUUAAUUCAGCUUCUAAUUUUGGCGAUAAUCUAGUAGGAAUUCUUGGUGGUUUAGGUUUCAGUGAAGAGUUUAUGGAAAUAGAUUGGUCAGAGGGAGAGAGUUGUAUUAUGUGUGAUAAAAGUGGCGGGAAUUUGUUGGUUUGUAGUGAAAUUGGCUGUGGACUUGCACUUCAUGAGAGCUGCAUGGAUUUCGAACCUAAAUUUGAUGAUGUGAGGAAUUUUUACUGCCCUUAUUGUUGGUAUAAGCAUGAAAUGUUGAGGACUCAAAAGUUGAGGAAGAAGGCUAUGGGAACAAAGAGAGCAGUGAUGUGUUUUAUUGAUUCAAACAUAGAUGGUGGUGAUAAAGGGAAGGUGAAUCGUGGAAGAGAUAAAGAGGAGGAGCUGAAUGUGUCUCCUCCUCGUGGAGAGAAAAACUUUGGUGAUUGUGAGGAUAGGAGGGAUGAUGAUCAAAUUGAGAGUCAAUUUUUGGAAGGGGAGGAUGAACUAGAAAAUGAUGGCGACAGUGCCAAAAUAGCUGAUUAUGAUCAAAGUCUGAAGGAAACGCCAGAGUUCAAGUCUCCUGUGAAUGCCACAAACAAAGAAGGAUCCAGUGAGGAAAAUGUAUCUGAAAGUCAUGAUUUUGAAGUUUUAGAAGAUGGAGAAGAAAUACAAGCGGUGUGUUCAGGACAAGUUGAUGGUAGCAGAAAUGAAAGGACGGUUGAAGAUCUAUCUCAAACGAAGCCUUGUAUUGCUUCCAGUGUACAAGAAGUAAAUGUUGUGGAUGGUUCACAUCAGGAAGAAGGAAGGGAAAUGGAUGUAUCUGGCUAUGCGAAGCUAAAGCAAGGAAGACGGGAGGAUAAAGAGAAAAUUCUCCUGGAAACAUCAGGAGCUGAAAUGUCUGAUUCUGAUGCAGAGACAACCUUAAUGCACCAGAGGCAUGUUGGACGAAAAUGUAAGAAGAAGGUGCCUCAAAAUGUUGAGACUAACUGGACGACUAAGGAAGAAGAAAUGCUCAGGGAAGGAGUGGAGAAAUUUUCAACUCAAGUGAACAAAAAUCUACCUUGGAGGAAAAUAUUGGAAUUCGGUCGCCAUGUUUUUGAUCCAACUCGCAGUCCAGUUGAUCUCAAGGAUAAAUGGAGGAACAUCAUGACCAAAGAAUCCUCAACUGUCAACAGGAGGUAAUGUUGAUUAUAUGGGACUUGAGAAAGAAGGUUCAACAAAUGUAUCUGUGAAUCACAUUCUGUGGCUCCAAAAGAAUGUGGUAAGCGGAGUUAGAGAUACCAGCAUCAAUGCAGGGCCUGUUUGAAGUUUUUAAAUGCAGGCUUUCUAUAGUCUUAAGAGGCUAUUUGAGGACCCUGAGUGGACAAUUCAAGGCUGUUUUACCCUCUUAACAUCAUCAAGAUCUCAAAUGUACUAUGCCACGAAGAAAGCAAGCAAUAGAUCAUCAGCUUUUGUUGCCAGUUCAUUGCCUGUAUUAAACACAAAUGUCUACUAGUACAGCCUUUCUGGGUCAGCCAUCAAAUUUUUGAACAGAAAGCCUGAUUGUUCAAUGCUUUAAUAAAAUAUUCAAAGUAGCGGCUCUCUAAGAGAGUUCCUUUUGGUGCUUUGCUCGUAGUGUAUAUCGUAUUAGGUAUUAAAAAUAAACUCAUGCCCUCUUCUAAUAGAAGCAAGAAUUCCAAAGUUCGCCACUAUCCCAGUCAUGAGUUCAUGUCCUCUACAAACAGAAGCGAAAAUUUCACAAUUCGCAGCUAUCCAAGGAAGUCUAGUCCGCCGGAGUCUGAGGCCAGUUCCUGUAAUUAUUAGGAGUCCUAGGACAAAUGGAAAUCGUCAACAGUUUGCUCCGGGCUCGCCUGGUUCAAGUAGUUAAUUGAGACCAAAUAAAAGAAUCAGUAUAUGCUGCUAGCUUCUGUCUUGAUCAAUUUUCAUUCUGGAGAGUUGUCUGUCCCUAAUCCAUAUUUAUCAAUAAAAUUUGUCCAACAUCUGAAAUUACCAUUUAAUAAAAUUCUUGUGCUUGUUGCGAUUUUUUCUCGUCA